CGCGGCAGUCGGCGCUCUCGCGGCCAGCCAGCACCAUGGAGGCGCCGCAAAGCGCGCCCGUGCCCAGCGCGCCCGGCGCGCGCCCUCUCGUCAACCCCGAGGAAUACGGCGAGGUGGACACCACCAGGUACCCCGCGCCGAAGGAGUCGACGCACAAGGUGCGGGGGCGCAGUGACUUGCUAGAGAUGAUGUGCGGUCCAGACGCCGUCGACCCCGAGCUACUCACAGUGAAGACGUUCUACUUUUUCUUCUACUCGGCGUUCGGGUCGCUGUUCCCGUUGAUGGGCGUGUAUUUCAAGCAGAUGGGCAUGAACGCCGGCCAGUGCGGGUUGCUGAUCGGUACGCGGCCCUUCGUCGAGUUCCUUUCGGCGCCCUUCUGGGGCGGUUUGGCGGACCGCUGGCAGAAGGGGCGCACGCUUUUGCUAGCGUCGUUGGGUGCGUGGGUGGUGUUCACGCUGCCGCUAAGCUGGGUGCAACCGGGUGCCGUGGCCUGCGUGCGCCCGUACAAUAGCACGGCCUACGAGCUGGGCCCACCCAACUACGACGAGGACGAGCCGCUGGCCACGCGCGCCUUCCGCGGGCCUUCAGCCGCCGGCCGCGAUGGCUCACCGCUCCCCGUCUCCGACGCCACCAACUACGACCCCGCGCAACACUCCAACUGGGUGACACCGUUACACUCUUCCAUCGUAUACCGCACCCCAGAUAUUCAGAAAACGUUUUUCCUGCUACUGUUGCUGGUCGUGAUCGGAGAAUUCUUCAGCGCGCCGGCCAUCACGCUCGCCGACUCCGCUGUCAUUACGCUCCUCGGUGAGGACGCUGACAGGUACGGCCACCAGCGCAUGUUCGGCUCGCUGGGCUGGGGUUUGGCUAUGUUCUUCGUAGGCAUCGCGCUCGACCACAGCACGGCCUUUAGCUCGCACCCCUGCGGCGGCCCGCAGCGCUACGAGAAGAACUACACCAUUUGCUUCGCCACGUUCUCCGUGCUCAUGGGAGCCGCACUUAUAACGGCAACACAGAUAAAAUUCAAAUACGAAUUCGUGAGCCUGGAGCCGGCAGCGCCGCUGACGUUGCCCGCGGAGCCGACUCACGAGGAGAAGCUGCAGCAGCAGUUGGCCGAGCAGCUGCAACUGCCGGGGCUGGACACGAGCGCGCCGACAGUGACACGCGCACCCGCGCCGCAGCCUGCGCUCGAGCACGCCAAGGUAUUCGCACAAACGACUCGCGAGAUGCCGGAGUGGGUGACGGUGCUGCGCCAGUUCCAGAACGUGAAGGCGGCUUCUUUCCUGCUCGUCGCAUGGUUCAUGGGCUUCGGCAUCGGCCUUAUUUUUACUUUUCUCUUCUGGCAUUUGCAGGACAUCGGCGGAUCGCCCACGCUAUUCGGCGUGGCGUCAGUGAUCAACCACAUCUCGGAGAUCUUCGCCUACUUCUUCAGUUUCAAAUUGAUCACGCAAAUGGGUCACGUGAAGGUGCUGUGCCUGGGGCUGGCGGGGAACGUGCUGCGGUUCCUGUACAUCGCGUGGCUCACCAACCCGUGGUGGGUGCUGCCGUUCGAGUUCGUGCAGGGCGUGACGCACGCGGCGGUGUGGGCGGCGUGCUGCUCGUACAUCGCGCACGCAGCGCCGCCCGGGCUGCGGUCGUCGGCGCAGGGCGUGCUGCAGGGGCUGCACCACGGGCUGGGCCGCGGCUGCGGCGCCGUGCUGGGCGGCGUGGCCGUGGCGCGCUGGGGCACCACGCGCACCUUCGCGGGCUACGGGCUGCUGUGCGCCGCGGCGCUGGCGGCCUUCGCGUUCGUCAACUUCCGCGACGGCGGCGCCGACGUGGGCGCCGGCGUGGCCGUGGACGAGGAGGCGCGCGCCGUCGCCGAGGCCGGCGUGCUGGCGCCGCACGGCGUGCCGUCCAACCCGCUGCCGCGCGCGCUGUCGUCCACGCGCCUGCACGACCUGUCGCACCACGACUCCUACGGCGCCACGCAGAGCUACGCGGGCGGCGACAGCCUGGGCGUGCCGGGCGCGCGCCCGACCAAUCCCUUCUUGGCCGAGCAGCAGCAGCCCCAGCCGCAGCAGCCCUCCUUCAGAUAAGCUAGUGCCCCGACAGCUGCCGCCACGGCCGCGCGCUUGGUGCUGCGACCGCCGUCUGCUCGGUUGACCGGCGGCUCGCUCUUCGCCGGCGCCACCCGCAGGCCGCGGUGGACGGCGUCCCGCGGCGGGUCGACCUACCGGCUGCCCGCCGAAGCGAGCGACUGCGUAUUUCGAAGACUGUACAACCGUCGCCGCAUUAUUUCCACUAUGAUUUAAUACAUACUAUGUAGAUACUGUUAGGUAUAAUAAAGUCUCUAUCGGUGUGGCUGCUAAAGUGACGCCAAUGUGGCGGGCUCGUACGAAACCAGCAGUAAGUAGAGCUUUGACUUCACCGACAUUGUCAAGUGAGAACAUGUUUUGAUUACUUACUGCACCGAUAAAUAACCCUAACACAAAUCCGCCAACCCACUACUGAAGCGACUUGUUAUGUUGUUGUUGUUCUUACUUAGACAUAUUAAUAAAUACGAGAAAUUCGUUUUUACGUAAGGAGUAUAUUUUAGGACACGCUACCUCCUGUUAAUUCAAUUUUAUAAAUUUCAAGUUUUGCAUUGGAGCUAAAUGUGAAACUUGAGUGAGUGGGAACUCGUAAGGAAAUUAGAAGUGGGCACACACUUUACAUUGACAGACCCGCGUGUGUAAAUAAAUAUAUCAAUGUAUAGAGGACUCGGAGCGAGCAUGGCCAAAAGGAGCUACGGCCGACUUAUUAAUAUCGAAUCUUGUACCACUGUUCGAGAACAACCGCUUCAAUGCCGUGCUCUUUCAACGCGACAGGCGACCUUGCCAUUUGUAUUGCCUGUAGUGCGGGCACGUGUCCGGUGGCGGUGCGCGCGCAACUGUCCCUGGUCUCCAAUGUAUAUUAUAAUAAGAGAGAACGUAAUGGUGAAUAUAAUAUUUAACAUUUUACGAAACGCAAUGUCAUAUCAUGGUGUGAUGAGUAGAGUACUUUAUAUCAUAGCGAGGCGCCACAGCGCCCUCGCUCCUAUAUUUUGUUGACGUUGUAGGAAAUAUUCAAAUUAAAUACUAUAUGUAUAGUUAUAUGUAUACAAACUACUAAUACAUUGUUGUAUGUGAUGUACGUAAGCUUAAAAGGAGCCACCCGCCCACUGACGCCGGCCGCCGCGGCACAGCUGGGCGCGGCGGGCGCGGCGGUGGCGCGUGCGCGGUUCACUGCACAGUUAUAUAUUUUUGCACGUCGCGGCUCGACUCGGCCUGGCAGUGGCCACGACACACGACUUUCAAUUUCAAAUGUACUAUAUAUAACUAUUAAUAAAUGUUGAACU